AUGCAGUCGCUAAAUUAUGGCAGUGGCAGCUCCUCUCCGAGCGGCUCUCACAGGGAUCCUGCCGCCAUGCACACAACUGGCUCCCCCAUGCGGCUACAAUUGCCACUGGAUCUCAGCGUCAACCGCUCGGCCUCCUCCAGCCACUUUGGGGCGGUGGGCGAGGGAGACGCGCGCCUCCCCCGCCUGCCCAGGAGCUCCCCAACAGGCAGGCAGGCGGCGUCGACACCCCUGUCCUCGCCUGAGUCCCUGCCUCAAUCUAACGGCGACACAGCCAAGCCCUCUGUUUUGUCCUCCGACCAGGGCGCGACCUGGCCAGCUCCAGCGCCACUCUCACUGAAGGAUUUGAGCUGGAAGCGCAUCUGGAUUGAGGAAGCGGCGAGCCAGCUAAGCAGCCCGAGCCUAGCUCGGGCACAGCCAGAGCCCAUGGCCAAUUACAGCCGCGUGCCUGAGGGGCAGAGGCAGAUAUUCCCUGAUGAGGGAAGCUUCCACAUAUCGAAGAAUAUGACCGGGCCGGACGGGAAAAGGGCCCGGACCGCGUACACCCGCUACCAGACCCUAGAGCUGGAGAAGGAGUUCCACUUCAACCGCUACCUGACGCGGCGGCGGCGCAUCGAGAUCGCCCACGCGCUCUGCCUGUCCGAGCGCCAGAUCAAGAUCUGGUUCCAGAACCGGCGCAUGAAGUGGAAGAAAGACAACAAACUGAAAAGUAUGAGCCUGGCUACAGCCGGCAGCGCCUUCCAGCCCUGA